AUGAGUAUCGAAUGUAAUACUUCGUCAGACAGUCAAAUUUGUGUUGGUUUCUUGGUGGGGAGCUCUCUUCUAGUCGCUUUUCUGGGAACUGCUGGAAUGACAUUAAUAUGUCUUUAUUACCGCAGAGAAAAAGUCUCGGAUGGUUCUCAGUCUGAUAAAGAAAAGAAUAAACCUUCUCCAGUGAACCUCCUUCAUUAUCCUGAUCAACUAUUACAUUUGUCUCCUCCCCCUUCUCCAAAUACCUUUUCAAAUUACCUACAGAACAAUCAUAUCGUCCAUUUUCCUUUUAAUAAUACUGUAAUGAUGUCGCCUGCGACUGAAUCUUGUGGUGAUUCUUGGGACAAUCACAUUGCAUAUAUUACCAAGAUAUCAGAGAGGCUACAUUGUGAUCUUGAUGAAAAACAAAAUCAAAUAUUAUUAAGCGAAAUCUUCAAAAAGGAAGGAAUACAAUAUAACGGUCGUUACUAUUAA